CUCUCAAUAAAAGAACUUUAAUAAGCUUGACUAAAUAUUUAGAAAGCAUAUUGUGUUGAGUGAAACUUUGUAUCUAAUACAUAAUAAGAGUAAUAGAAAAUCAUAUUGGGUGACUAGUCUGUAAUUAUCCAAGGAACACAUACAAUGAAACAAGUUCUUUUGGUUACUUCGUUAAACAGCCAACACAAUGGGGAAAGUGGAGGAAAUGUCCCAUAAACACUAUGAAAAGGGAACCAGAAAACCCAGUAUGUAAUCUUGGAGUAAUGACAGCAUCAGAAAACAAAACCAACAAAAGAGAACACCUUCCAGAACAAUCUGAGCUGCAUGAAAGGCAAACAUUCACUAAAGUUGGAGCUUUCCUAACUAAGUCUGCCCAGAGAUAAGUGGCAUAUUUGACCUUCACCAUGAUUAACAAGCAUUUCUUUGAAAUUGUGUCGGUGCUGUUGGCCUCUUCUACUAUCUUCUCCCUAGAGUUGAAACUGGCUCUCUUCCAACAAAGAGUAAACAGAGAGAGUUUAAAACUCUUGAGUACAUUGCAGAGCUCAUCAAUUCAGCAGUGUCUGCCACACAGGAAAAACUUCCUGCUUCCCCAGCGUUCUGUGAAUCCUCGCCAGUACCAGAAAGGACAAGCACUGGCCAUUCUUCACGAGAUGCUUCAGCAGAUCUUCAACCUCUUCAGGGCAAAUACUUCUUCAGAUGGUUGGGAGGAAAGCCACGUGGAGAAGUUCCUCACUGAGCUUCAUCAACAGCUGGAAUACCUAGAAGAACUCACAGGCCCGGAAGCAGAGCAGGACAGCUGCAUGUUGGGGAGUGAGAACGUUAGGUUACAGAUUAAAAUGUACUUCCAAAGGAUCCAUGAUUACCUGGAAAGCCAAGAGUACAGCAGCUGUGCCUGGACCAUUGUUCGAGUAGAAAUCAACCGGUGUCUCUUCUUUGCACUCCAGCUGAUAAGAAAGAUAAGCAAACGAGGAAUGCAUUCCUCAAAGAAUGUGGAGCAUGAGCCGAGGGCAGACUUUAGAAGCAUAGGGUAGGUGGAGGCCCGGGAGGACUGUUCCAGAGACUAUUAUUUCUUCUUGUCAUUAAUCGCUUUGGUUUCGUGUGUGUAGAUAUAUGUAUAUUUACCUGUCCUUUAAGGUUAUGCGUAGUGACUACAAUCGUCUUUGUUUUGUAAUGUCACUUUGUAUUUUCCAUUCAUCUUAAAUUUUCAUGAGAUAAAAUAGAUUCAUCAGUAUUUCAUACUUGGUUCUUCAAAUGGGUUUAUUUUCCUCAAAGUAAAUGAGGUAUGUCUCUACCGAACUAAUUUCUUAACUUACCACAUCCAUUCCAAUGAUUUCUUUGCCAGAAAUUGGUGGAAACAUUAAGAAGUACAAGGAGGGGCG